AUGGACGCGCUUUUCAACACACUUGGUUUUGGCUUUCCCGCAGCUGAUCUCGAUGGCCGAGAUGCGACUGGCGUUCCCAUCUUGAUCUGGGGAGGCGCAUCUGCGGUUGGGACAGGAGCAAUCCAAGUCGCCAAAGCUGCGGGAUUUGAUCCAGUCUUCGCCACAGCAUCUCCCAAGAACCACAAGAGUCUGCUCAAAAUAGGAGCUUCGCAAGUCUUCGACUACAACAGCCCCACCGUCGUUGAAGACAUCAGACAUGCCGUCGCCCAAAGUGGCAAGAAGCUCACCGUCGUCUUUGAUGCUGUCAGUGUCGGCCUAGGACGACUUGGGAGUUCUUCUGACACCAGGGCUGCCAAUAAUACACCAGAUCUGGCCAGACGCUGUAUCUCCGAUGAUGUUCCGGCAGAGGAUCUGUUACUUUGUUCCGUCCUUCCUGUGGAUCACGACCAGGCUUGGAAACUCUGCAUUGGUGUCCGACCGUAUGGGGACUCUUUUUUCUUUGGCAGUGCUGUCUCGCAAAACCCUUCGUUUCCAGUUCGAAUGAAAAGAUAUAUGGACUGGUUUGUAGCAAAUCACGAGGGGUUUUGGCAGCCCAUACUGCGCAACACUAUUGUGAAGGGAGGAGACAGGGGCAUUGAGGAGAUUCAGCGUGUCGCGAAUGGAGUCGCUUCGAAGGAAAAGGUCCUCCUUGCGCAUCCGAUCUGA